GUAAGAUUCUGAACAAAAAAAAAAUAGCUGGAAUCAAGUUUCUGAAUAGCAAACAAGCCAUAUGAAGAAUAUACUAGUACCAAUUCUGGUAUUUUUCAUCGCGACAUCUACUCUAAUCAUUGCUGACGCCCAGACGAACUUUAACGUGACGGAUUUUGGUGCCAUUGGAGAUGGUCGAACUGAUAAUUCCAAAGCAUUCCUAAAGGCAUGGUCAGCUGUAUGUACAAUUGAAGACAUCGGCACACCGACGCUUAUAAUACCAGCAGGAACUUUUUUACUCAAUCCUACCACAUUCAAAGGUCCUUGCAAGUCUGCCGAAAUUCAUGUUCAGGUUUCCGGAAAAAUAGUAGCUCCCAACAAAAUUAGUGAAUGGCCAAACAGAUGUAAAACUCGAUUUUGGCUACUUUUUCAAGGAGUAAGCGGUUUGACAAUAGACGGAUCUGGUACAAUUGACGGUCAAGGGUCAGAUUGGUGGAAUAAUGCACAGAAAAAUUGCAAAAGACCAAGGGCAUUGCAAUUUCAUAAUUGUAAUAAGCUCAAAUUAAGUGGACUGACUCAUAUGAACAGCCCUAGAGUUCAUAUCGGUGUAAACGGUUGUCGAGGUGUCUCCUUCUCUAAUCUUCAAAUUUCAGCUCCUGAGAAUAGCCCUAAUACUGAUGGAAUCGAUAUCUCUAGCUCAACCAACGUUGAAAUCUCCAAUUCUACAAUCGGAACUGGUGAUGAUUGUAUUGCUAUCAAUGGAGGUUGCUCGCAUUUCAGCAUCAACAAUAUUAUUUGUGGACCUGGUCAUGGCAUUAGUAUUGGAAGCUUAGGAGAUAAAGGUCAACACGAUGUUGUGGAGGAUGUGCACGUGCGAAAUUGUACAUUCAUCAGAACAAUGAAUGGCGUCAGAAUUAAGACAUGGCCGGGUGGAACUGGAUAUGCUAGGAAUAUUUCAUUUGCUGGAAUUAUACUUAAAGAUGCUAAACACCCAAUAAUUAUAGACCAACAUUACUGUAAUGGCCACAAAUGUGCAGAAAAGAAAAAGGCAGUACAAGUGAGUGAAAUAAGUUAUAUAGGAGUAGAAGGAACAUCAGCAAGCAGACAAGCAAUUACAUUAGACUGUGCUAAAAUUGGAUGCGGAAGCAUAAUAAUGGAUCAAAUUAACAUUACUUCAUCAAACCCUAGUCAAGACAUUCACGCCGUUUGUAAUAAUGCCAACGGAAGAUCUACCUCUACUACACCUCUUGUUCCGUGCCUAACGACUACUUAGAUAGGGCAUACGUGAUUUUGUUCCAAUUUUUUGACUAUACAGUGAUCAAUGUAAUUAUCAAAAGAAUUUAGGCGUUUUUCUUGAGAUUUUUUCUUAAUUACUCAUGAUGGGUUAAUUUUUUGUGUGGUUACUAAAAUAUACGUG